GCGGAGACUCCGACUCCCGGAGGCCUUUGCGGCUGACAAGAGACUUCGCCUCCCAGAGGCCUCUGCGGCGCCGCGACCGGAAGUGGCGGGCGAGCCGAGUGUCCUUGCGCGCGGAGCGGUGAUGGUACCCCGAGUGUGGUCGCUGAUGAGGUUCCUCAUCAAGGGCAGUGUGGCUGGGGGCGCUGUCUACCUGGUGUAUGACCAGGAGCUGCUGGGGCCCAGCGACAAGAGCCAGGCGGUCCUUCAGAAAGCUGAGGAGGUGGUCCCCACCGCCGUGUACCAGUUCAGCCAGUACGUGUGCGAGCAGACAGGCCUGAAGAUACCCCAGCUCCCAGCCCCUCCAAAGUUUAACUUUCACAUCCGCGAGUCCUGGAAUUCAGGCAUCAUCACAGUGAUGUCCGCUCUGUCCGUGGCCCCCUCCAAGGCCUUGGAGUACUCCAAGGAGGGCUGGGAAUACCUGAAGGAGCGAACCAAGUAGCCUAAGAGGAAGCUGCCUGCCCCAGGCGGGAACAGGGGCCGGGGCGCCACGGACUCCAGACUGGGACCCCACUCCUAGGGCAGCUCCCGGCCUUGCCGGCCCAAUAAAGGACUUGGAAGUGUU